CGCCCACCGUGGGGGACGCCGCGGUCUCCAGGCAACAGGGACCAGGGCCUGCGCGGGGGUCGCGGCGCUGCGCAGCGCGGAGCUGGGGCCUACCUGAGCCAUGGCCUCCAAACAGAGCAAGAAGAAGGAGGUGCACCACAUCAACUCGGCGCACGGCUCGGACAAGUCCAAGGAUAACGCACAAUCAGGGUCCGUCGAGCAAAAGAAGUGGAAGUUUCCGAUCUGGCCAGAGUGGAGUGAAGCGGACAUCAAUGCAGAGAAGUGGGAUGCAGGCAAGGGUGGAAAAGAAAAGGACAAAGCGGGGAAGAGCCCGACAUUUCAUUUUUUUGAAGACCCUGAAGGAAAGAUUGAAUUACCACCAUCAUUGAAAGUGGAUUCCUGGAAACGCCCACAGGAUGUUAUAAUUAGUCGGGUUCCAGUCGUGGUGAAGAAUGAAAUCCUGUUUGACUUGUUUUCAGCGAAUGAGCAUUUGCUGUGCAGCGAGCUGAUGCGCUGGAUCAUCAGCGAGAUCUACGCGGUGUGGAAGAUGCUCAACGGGGGCGUCCUGAGCAGCUAUGCCAAAGGGCAUGCGGCGGAGCCGCCGCUGCUGGCCUGGAAGCCCUGGGAGCACAUAUACUCGCUGUGCAAGGCGGUGAAGGGCCACAUGCCCCUCUUCAACAACUACGGGAAGUACGUGGUGAAGCUCUACUGGAUGGGUUGCUGGAGAAAGAUAACUGUUGAUGACUCACUACCUUUUGAUGAAGAUAACAACUUGUUGCUUCCAGCUACAACUUAUGACUUUGAACUGUGGCCGAUGCUUUUGUCUAAAGCAAUCAUUAAGCUGGCAAAUGUUGACGUCCACAUGGCCCAGAGGCGGGAGCUGGGGGAGUUCACGGUGAUCCACGCCCUCACGGGCUGGCUGCCCGAGGUCAUCGCUCUUCACCCAGGUUAUGUGGACAAAGUUUGGGAGCUCUUGAAAGAAAUAUUGCCUGAAUUUAAGCUGUCAGACGUGCCCAGCUCUGAAAGCAAAAUAAUGGUGAUAGAUAACAAAAUAAAAGAAGCUGGGAAAGAAGUGAAAGGCGGAAAAGAAGUGAAAGAUGGAAAAGAAGUGAAAGAUGGAAAAGAAGCAAAAGACUUCAAAUCUGAAAUUUCACUCACAGCACUCAAAGGACCCAAGAAAAGUGACAAAGUUUCAAAGGAGAAAGCAGAUGUAAAAGACGUCGGGAAGAAGAAGAGUAAAGACGGAGAAAAGGAAAAGGAGAAGGAAAAAUUCAAGUUGUCCCUUCACGGUUCAAGACCCUCGUCCGAAGUGCACUACUCCAUGCAGUCCCUGUCCGACUGUUCCUCAACCACGCAGUCCCCUCCCAUGGUGGUGUACGCUACCUUUACCCCUCUCUACUUGUUUGAAGAGAAGAUCUUUUCAUUAGAGAAGAUGGCAGAUUCUGCUGAGAAGCUCCGAGAGUACGGGCUUUCCCACAUUUGCAGCCACCCGGUGCUGGUGACCAGAACGCGGUCCUGUCCUCUCCUGGCACCACCCAAACCUCUGCCCACCCCUGCCUGGAAAUUCGUCCGUCAGAAAAAGGAGACGGUCAUCACAGACGAAGCCCAAGAAACAAUCACAAAGAAACCUGAUCAGUUUCUUGAGAUCUCAAGUCCGUUUCUGAACUACAGAAUGACUCCAAUGACGAUUCCAACGGAAACGCAUUAUGUGAAAUCUCUCAUCAAGAAAGGCGAGCCUCCAGGAUCUGGUUUAUCUCCCCUCACCGAAGGUGACGAAACAGCCACCAUCAGCCUGACAGACCUGGGCCAAGUGACAGGGAACGUAUCUCAGGGUAAUGUGCCUUCACAAGCGGUGCUUGGAAAAGAGGAGCAGGCAGACCCCGGCGUGGGGGACACGGCCCACCCCGAGGGGCUCAACUACCAGGACCUGGUCAGCCAGACCACGGCCACCCAGGAGAAGUCCCAGGAGGAAUUCGCAGCCAUCAACACCGCUGUGGCCAAGGAGCUCUGGCUGGACUUCGAGGACUUCUGUGUGUGCUUUCAAAACAUAUAUAUUUUCCAUAAGCCAACUUCAUAUUGCCUUAACUUCCAGAAAACAGAAUUCAAGUUCUCCGCCGAGCGCGUGUCCUACUACCUCUUCGUGGACAGCCUCAAGCCCAUCGAGCUGCUGGUUUCCUUCUCCGCACUCGUCCGCUGGGGAGAGUCCGGAGCCUUAACAAAAGACAGCCCGCCUGUGGAUCCUGGGCUCCUCACAGCGGAGGCGUUUUCCUGGAAAUCUCUGAAGCUGCGCAGCCUCGUUCUGAAGAUUCACACGUACGCCACCAAGGCCACGGUGGUUCGCCUGCCCGUUGGGCGGCACAUGCUGAUCUUCACCGCGCACUCCCCGAUCGGACACGCCAUCCACGUCUGCAGCAUGGUGGCCUUCGUCGUGGGCGAUGAGGACGUCGUGCUGCCCAGCUUGGAGCCGGAGAGCUACCGAUUUACGGAGCAGGCGCUAACAAUCCUCAAGGCUGUCGGGAACGUGAUUGCUAAUUUCAGGAGCAGGGGCAAACUCACCACCGCGCUGGAGGAGCUGCAGGCGGCCCACUACCCGGCCGCCCUUGGCAACAAGGAGCUGACUGCCCAGCAUUUCAGGGUGUUUCAUAUUUCUUUGUGGUGUAUGAUGAAAAAAAUUCAAGCGACGAAGUCCCCUUCAAACUUGAAGUUUGCAUUCCGCGCUUUGGUGCUGGAUGUGGGGCUGCUGGACUCCUCUGUGGACGAGGUUUCUUUAGCCGAGUGGGUGGACGGUAAGUGCCCUGCACCCGCGGGUGAGCAGCUGUGUUCCCCCGAGGAGGUCGCCGCAGCAAUUAAAAUCCAAGCCCUGUGGAGAGGCACUUACGUGAGGCUGCUCAUGAAAGCCAGAAUGCCAGAAACAAAGGAAAAUGCCAGUGUUGCAGAUACUCUUCAAAAACUUUGGGCAGUAUUGGAACCAAAUAUAGAACAGUAUGCACUUUCACUCUUAAGACUAAUGUUUAAAAGCAAGUGCAAAUCUAUGGAAUCUUACCCAUGUUACCAAGACGAAGACACAAAGAUUGCCUUCGCCGACUACACCGUGACGUAUCCAGACCAGCCACCAAACAGUUGGUUCAUCGUGUUCAGAGAAACAUUUUUGGUUCCUCAAGACAUGAUUUUGGUCCCCAAAGUGUAUACGACCCUUCCCGUCUGUGUCCUCCAUGUUGUUAAUAACGACACCCUGGAAGAGGUGCCAAAGUUGUUCCAGAAGGUGGUGCCUUACCUUUACACCAGGAAUAAGAAGGGCUACACGUUUGUGGCGGAAGCCUGGACUGGGGACACCUCCGUGCCAGGCUCUCGGUGGAAACUGCGCCUGCUGGGCCCCUGCAACCCGCUCCCCUGCCUCUCUCGGGACUUCCCGUGCAACACCUUUGCCAUGAAGGAGAUCAGAGAUUAUUACAUACCCAAUGAUAAGAAAAUUUUAUUCAGGUAUUCAGUGAAGGCUGCAUUGCCUCACCCCGUGACGGUGCAGGCGCGCACAUCCAAAGCCGACGCGUUCAUCAAGCUACAGAUCCUGGAGAGUGAGGAAAUCAUCGUGAGCUCCACUGGGAAAGGCCAAGCCAUAAUCCCAGCGUUUAACUUCCUGGGGAACGGAAAAGCUUUGAGUUCCCAGUCUAGCAAGCAAAUUCUUUUGACUCAUGCCGCAUCCAAAAAAGAGCAAGAAAUGUAUGUGAAGAAGAAGUCUGCCCAAGGGAGUCAGAAGCCGUACCGGGGGCGGCCGGGGAGCGCCGUGGCGGACACGGGGCAGCCCGUUGUGGAAGAGGAGACCGUCAGCGUGUUGACCGUGGAAGAGAAUGCCAGCACGCCACAGCAGGUUUACAAGUACAUUAUACAGUGUUUGCUAUUGUAUGACAGUUGGCCUCUCACUGAAAGUCAGCUCACAUUUGUCCAAGCACUGAAAGACUUAGAGAAAAAUGAUCUCAGAGCUCAUUCAGAGAAACAUGAGCAAUUCAUCACUUCGGGAAGCCCAGAGUCCCAUACUGUUAGCGAGGGACAAAAAGCUUUAGGAACUUCGAAAACAAGGAAAGGCAAAGAAAAGUCGUCUGAGAAAGAAAAGACGGCCAAAGAAAAGCAGGUGCAGCGCUUGGAGCCUCAGACAUCUGCAGUCCACCCCCAACAAGAUGACCCAGAUAAACCCUACUGGAUGUUGAGGCUGGUCACGGAACACGGCGAGGUGGACUCACUGGAAGUGAGAAAAGACACUGAACAAAUAGAUGAAAUCCGAGCCAUGAAGCAAGCCUGGGAGAUGGCGGAGCCGGGGAGGGCCGUCAAGGCGUCUCAGGCCCGUCUGCACUACCUCACCCGGUUCGUCAGGAGGGUGCCCGACGUGGAGGCCGCGCCCGCGCCCGAGGAAGGAGAAGAGCCAGAACCCAAGGUCACUGUGGGUCCCAAGGGCAAGGAGCCGGCCCCGGGGGGCAGCGUGCUGUGGAAGAGGUGGCAGCUGGGCAAGGGCUUGAAGGACCUGGCCAAGUCCGCCGUGGAGGGCGCGGGCCCCAGGGAGGAGCGUGAGCUGAGUGGGCGCAAGGACCUCAGACCUCUUUCGCGAUCCCCAACACUUUUGGGAUUGUCUCCACAAGUUAUUCAAAAAGAACUGGAAUGUUUCAACAUAACUCAAUAUAUACGGAGAACAGACGACGAGCCUCGGCUGCAGACGGAGGAGCUCAGCCGGCAGCGGGCGGUGCAGAAGUCGGAGGAGGUUCACCAGUUCCGCCAGUACCGGGCCCGGGUUCUCAGCAUUCGAGACAUUGACCAGGAGAAGCGGUGCCAGUUGAAGGACGAGGUCCUGGAGAUGUACGCGGCGAUGCGGGACACCCUGGACGAAGCCCGUCAGAAGAUCCUCAGCGCCCGCGAAGAGUACAGAGAGAAGGUGCUGGAAGCUGAGCACCUGCAGCUGGAGGCCCUGGCUGCCCAGGAGGCCGCCCUGAGGGCCGAGCCCGAGAAGAAGGCCCCUGCCCCAGACACCCAGGGGAAGAAGAAGGGCAAGAAAAAGUGACCGCCCGCGGGGGAGCCGCUGUUCCAGGAGCUGUCACUCGGCCGCCUCAUAAUGAAUUAUUAGGCUAAUUGAAAGAAGAGGUUUUCCUGUCUUAGAAAUAGUCUUUACAUUGUAACUUGUUUGUUUUUUCUCAGAAAGCAGUGAUUCGAAGCAUUAGAGUUUUAAAUGUUCUAAUUUCAAUAAAAUUGGCUUCCACAUGUUUGGGA